AUGGCCCCCUCUAUCUACAUCGACGAGGACGUCGGCCGCGACGACUCAACUGCCACCGGUGCCGAGACCGCUCCCUACAAGACUCUCGUGCACGCCCUCGUCAACCACGAGCCUACCACAGAGGGUAUUCAAUAUCUGACCCGCAAGUCGCAAACCGAUGCUGCAGGCGAGAAUGUCGACCCAGCCGCCAAGUUGGAGUGGAAGCCCGCCACCAAGUCGGCCAUGAAGAAGGCUACCAACCUCUUCGAGCAACGCAAGAAGAAGGCCGCGAAGGAGCACGACCUCGCCAUUCGCGAGAAGGCUGAGGCUGAUAAGCGCCGAGCUGUCCUGGAGGAGGCUAAGAAUAUCGUUAUCAAGGAGGAUGCUUCCCUGCCCAAACCUGUGCGCAUUCGUCUGGAUAACACCGACCCCGCCGUGGUUAGCUUGGGCGGUCCCGAGUCCGAUGGCCCUGGUACUCGCGUUCGUGUGCUGGGUCGUGUUCACCGUAUGCGCGCCCAGAAGGAUUACGUCUUCAUCACCCUCGCCGAUGGAUACGGAUACAUGCAGUGCAUUCUGACUGGCGACAUGGUCAAGUCCUUCGAUAUCAUGACUCUGACCCUGGAGACCUCCAUGGCCAUCCACGGUUUUAUGCGCGCCGUGCCUCCCAAGCAACACGCCCCCAACGACCGUGAGCUGCACGCCGACUUCUUCACCAUCAUCGGAAAGGCCGCUGGUGACAAGGAUGCCAUCACCACCCGUGUCGCGCCGGACGCCGACCCCCAAACCCUCUACGAUAACCGCCACCUAGUGCUGCGCGGUGAGACCUCUUCCUCCGUGAUGAAGGUGCGCUCCGCCUGUCUCCGUGCUUUCCGCAAGGCUUUUGAGAAGAACCGCAUGGUCGAGGUGACUCCCCCCGCCAUGGUGCAAACCCAAGUCGAAGGUGGUAGCACUCUCUUCGGCUUCGAUUACUACGGCGAGAACGCCUACCUGACCCAGUCAUCACAACUUUACCUCGAGACCUGUCUCCCCGCACUCGGCGACGUCUACUGCGUUUGCCCUUCAUUCCGUGCUGAGAAAUCCCUCACCCGCCGCCACUUGUCCGAGUACACUCACAUCGAGGCUGAGCUGGACUUCAUUACCUUCACCGACCUCCUCGACCACAUCGAGGACAUCAUCUGCAACGUCAUUGACUUCACACUUGCCGAGCCCGAAAUCGCCGCCUACGUCCAGAAGCUCAACCCCGACUUCAAGCGCCCUUCGCGUCCCUUCCGUCGCAUGAAGUACUCCGAUGCCAUUCAGUGGCUGAUCGAGCACGAUAUUCCCAAUGAAGAGGGCAAGCCUCACCAGUUCGGUGACGACAUCGCCGAGGCUGCUGAGCGUAAAAUGACAGAUAUCAUCAACACACCUAUCUUCCUUACCCAUUUCCCCGCUGAGAUUAAGGCGUUCUAUAUGUUGAAGGACCCAGAGGACCGUCGCGUCACUGAGAGUGUCGACGUCCUCAUGCCUGGCGUCGGUGAGAUUGUCGGUGGAAGUAUGAGAAUGGACAACUGGGACGAGUUGAUGAACGCCUACAAACACGAGGGCAUGGAUCCCUCCCCAUACUACUGGUACACUGACCAGCGCAAGUAUGGUACCUCCCCCCACGGCGGAUACGGUCUCGGUCUCGAACGUUUCCUGGCCUGGUUGUGCGCCCGCUACACUGUCCGUGAUUGCUCGCUGUACCCUCGGUUCACAGGCCGUUGCACCCCAUAG